AUGGGUGGUUCUGCCGCGAGCAACGGUGCAGCGGCAGCGGCAGCGGCAGCGGCAGACGUGGUGGCAGCCAGAGCCGCAGCGGCCGGCGGCGGCGGGGGCGGAGGCAGUGCCAGUGCCGGCCCCAGGGACACCGUGGCGGCGCCGGGGGUGGCCGCCCCUGCCGCCCCCGGCCCGGGGGCGGGCGCGAGCGCGGGGGCGGGCGCGGCCGCCGCAGUCUGGUCUUCCACCGCUACCGCCGUCUCCUACCCGGCCGUGACGACGGCCGUGGCCGGCGACGCCCCCAACGCGACGCUGAGCGCCUUCCUGGACAACGAGACGGCGUCGGCCGGCACCUUCUGCCUCGAGUGGGAGGCGGCGCAGCACAACCUCUUCCAGACGGCCAACCUCUUCUUCGCCGCCGCCUUCCUCGUGCCGCGCUCCUUCAAGCAGAGCCUGCUCGUCCUCAGGGGCCUGCUGUGCGUGGGCUUCCUGCUGUCGGCGCUGUGGGCGGGCAUCCACGUGUGCUCGCCGGACGUGUUCGCGUGGAACGCCGGCCUGGUGCUGCUGAACGCGGCGCACUCUGCGCUGCUGGGCGCGCGCUUCCUGCCGCCGCCGCUGUCGCCCGAGCUGGCCGACGUGUACACGCGGCUGUUCCGGCCGCUGCGCGUCUCGCGGAAGCACUUCAAGGAGCUGGCGCGCUGCGCCCGCCUGCUGCGCUGCGCCGCCGGAGACACGUACGCCGCCGAGGGCGCCACGCCCGCCGACGAGCGCCUCUCCGUGCUGCUCAAGGGCAGGAUGCGGGUGAGCUGCGACGACGCCCACCUGCACUACAUCACGCCUCACCAGUUCAUCGACUCUCCAGAGUGGGAGGCCAACCACAGCAGCAGCGACGACCUCUUCCAGGUGACCAUCACGGCGGAGCAGGAGUGCGUCUACCUGUGCUGGAACCGGCUCAGUCUGGAGAGGGUGCUCAGGCACCGGCCGCUGCUCAAGACCGUGCUCGACUGCAUCAUAGGCAAGGACAUCACGCAGAAGCUGUACGCGCUGAACGAGCAGCUGAACGCGGCGAGCGCCGCCGAGGCGGAGGCCCGCCAGGGCGCGCUGCGGGCGUCGCGCGCCGCCGACCACUGGCGCCGCGCGAUGGCGCGCUCGCUCAGCGUCGACGCCGUGCACACCGGCGCCAGGGGCCACGUGCGCUCGCUCGCCUGGCAGCAGCGCCGCGCCUCCUCCAACUCGGGCUCCGACCGUGAGUACACACCAAGUACUCGUCUUCCUCACUAA